CUUUCUCCCUUCAAACAAUUUCCCUCGAGAGGGGAAGGGGGGAGAGAGGAAGAAACUGAUUGAUCGUUCUUCUGCUCCUCGUCGGCCAUGGAAGCUCAUCACGCAUCGCUGGGCCGACGAACGUUGGAGGAAAUUCGGCAAAAAAGAUUAGCGGAUAAACUGAGCAAAGCAUCGUCCAUGGAUGAUUUUCAAGCCUCAAAUCAAUCUGGAAUUUAUAGAUCUGAUUCUGGAAACCAAGGGAUUCAGUUUACAGAGGACUACGACGGUUUAUUACCUAAAGUUAAAUAUUUUGAGAGAAAGGUUGCUGAGAUGGAAGAUGAAAAUGAAAAAUUGGUUUCACAGCUUGAGAUGAGGGAUAUAGAGCGGGAUAGGUUACAAGAACACAUCGACAAUUUGGAACAAAAUGAAAUACCAUUACUGAGAAAAGCUCUUAAUGAUGUCUCUGUGGAAAAGGAUGCUGUGGCUGUAGGACGGGAAGAUCUGUUAGCUCAACUUCGAACACUUAAGAGGCGUGUAAGAGAGGCAGAAGAGGAGCAGUAUAGAGCUGAAGAAGAUGCUGCAUCCUUGAGAGCAGAGUUAAACUUACUACAGCAACAAGGUGAGAGGCAUUUUGAUAGUAGCCUCCCCUCUAUUGUGACCAUGAGGGACCAAAUACAAGCCAUGGAACAGGAAAUGGCCAAACUGAGAUUACAGUUGCAGCAAGAGUCACUCCUGAGACAACAAGAGCAGCAGAGACUGGCUGAGGAACAAGUUCAAAAGUCAGCACUUAUGGCUGAAAGGCAAGGUCUAGAAGAAAAAAUAUCAACUUUAACAAAUAAGGCUUCAGAAGACGUAGAAGAACCUGCUCGAAAACCAUUUUCACUGCAAGAUAAGGAGAGGCUUGAGAAGCAGUUGCAUGAGAUGGCUGUGAUGGUUGAGAGACUGGAGAGUAGUAGACAGAAGCUUCUAUCUGAGAUUGAUUCACAAUCUUGGGAGAUUGAGAGGCUAUUUGUGGAGAAUUCAAACCUAUCAAAUUCUUAUAUGGAUGCCACAGAGGUUGCUGCUCAGUGGGAAAACCAGGUGAAGGAUUGUUUGAAGCAAAAUGAAGAGCUUCGUGGUUUGCUGGAUAAACUAAGAAAUGAACAAGCUGGUUCGUUGUAUAUUGCUACCAAUGAAGACCAGUUAGGUUCAGAAGUCGAGCAAAAGUAUGUAACUGAAAACUUGAGAUUAAAGGGAGAACUUGCGAAGGCGCAAAGCAGAGCUGAAGCUCUAAGUGCUGAGGUCUUGCAGUUGUCAACCGAGCUGAAACAGUCAAUUCAAGCAUACAACAAUCUUACCCGCCUCUAUAGACCCAUCCUAUGGAAUAUAGAGAAUAACUUGACGAAAAUGAAGCAGGAGAGCUUUCAGACUGCCCAGUGAUAUCUAUAUAUCAAGAAUUCGAAAGAGAUGGGGUAGUAUACUGUAUGGAAAAGGCCACAUACUGUUGUUUUGUUUAUCAAAUAACACGAUUUUUAUGCAUUUAUUUAUAUAAAUUAAUAGCAAUGGUCAUUCUUCAAUUUCGGGAUAA